AUGACGGGUUGUACGAGUCCUGAUCUUAGUUUACACGAAGUAGAUGAGCGUCCCGAGAUGGUUUCCCACAUGUCGCCUAGUGCUUCAAAUGUCUCGCUGGGAUCCCUUGCCGGUCAGGGUGGACUCAACAUCAGCAGAAGACCCAGUACAACAGCAGCACUGUUAAAGAACCCGGCACGUGAUGAGGAUAUGGCUAAGUCGUAUGGGUCUGUUAAUCGUGAGAGCCAGCAGACACUGGAGAUAGUGGCUCGCCAUUUGGUUCAGAGUCCUAAUAAUUUGCAAUUGCAGAGCGGCGACAUCACUAGAGAUCUUUACAGAUGGACACAGGACCACCCGGUGCCGCUUCAGAGCGGCGAUUUGGUACAGCCUGUGCCGCAGCGUAGGCGAAGGUCGAUGAGUUUCUCUGGAGUGUCCAUUCACUCUUCGACGAAUCAAAGCUUCUUGCAGCAGGGGGAGCAGCUGCCGCAGACGGCGAUGAGCCACGAAGAAAUCACGGCGCCCGGUGGGUUCAGAAGAUCGUUCCUGUUGCAGCAGCACCAGCAACGAUACGGGGACGACGCCCCGCCGCCGAAUUUCUUUACCAGGAAUUUUAUCGAGUUUUUGGCUCUGUAUGGUCACUUCGCGGGUGAAGAUCUUGAGGAGGAAGAGGUUGAGGAGGUGGAGAGGUGGGAAGCGCGCGAUAGGGAUGACGAGACUGUGCUGCUGGAUCGUCGGGAAAGAGAGUCGAAACGUCACAAGGCAAGCACUUUCAAGGCGGUGCUACUGCUUUUGAAAUCCUUCAUCGGGACCGGGGUGUUGUUUCUGCCCAAGGCGUUCGACAACGGUGGCUGGGCUUUUAGCGCGGUUUGUCUGCUUGUCUGUGCGGUGGCGUCGUUCAUGUGCUUCGUCUCUUUGAUAGCCACCAAGGACAUGGUGGGCGUCAACGGGUACGGCGACCUGGGCUUGAGGCUCUUUGGGCCCAAAAUGAAGUUUAUGAUCCUGCUUUCGAUCGCUCUGUCGCAAAUUGGGUUUUCUGCAGCCUACGUGGUCUUCACAGCGACAAACUUGAAGGUGUUCUGCGAGAACGUGCUGGGCGUGUACCGUGAUGCUGUGGGACUGGCAGGCUAUAUCUUAUUUCAAACGCUACUGUUCAUUCCGCUGGCAUUGACUCGAAACAUCGCCAAGCUGAGCGGCACGACACUUGUGGCGGACGUGUUCAUACUGCUGGGUCUCAUCUACGUCUAUUACUAUCCUUCCUACUACAUCUUCAAGCAUGGCAUUGCGUCCGAAUCGAUGCAGACGUUCAAUAAAUCGGACUGGUCACUUUUCGUUGGAACUGCCAUCUUCACUUUUGAGGGCAUCGGGCUCCUGAUCCCGAUCCAGGAGUCCAUGGAGAAACCCGCUCUGUUCAACAAAUGUUUACUUGGCGUGAUGGGUGCAGUCACCCUUCUGUUUAUCUCAAGCGCUCUCCUGUGUUACGCAGCAUUCGGUUCCAAAGUCGAAGUUGUCGUUUUGCUCAAUUUCCCACAGGACUCUGCCUUCACCAAAUCCUCACAACUGCUAUACGCAUUGGCGAUUCUCCUCUCCACCCCUCUGCAACUGUUUCCAGCUAUUCGUAUCCUAGAAAACUGGUCUUUUCCUACAAACGCUUCAGGGAAACACAAUCCACGCAUCAAAUGGUUGAAGAAUUACUUCCGAGCUGCCAUUGUGAUCCUCACGUCAUUGGUCGCAUGGAUCGGUGCAAAUGACCUGGAUAAGUUCGUAUCUCUGGUUGGCUCCGUCGCCUGCGUCCCAUUAAUCUACGUGUAUCCACCUUUAUUGCAUUUCAAGGCCUUCAAGGACAGAGGCGCCUCCAAACUUUCACUCGUGGCAGAUCUAUCCAUCGCCGCCAUCGGCAUACUGAUAAUGAUCUAUAAUUCCUACCAGAGCACGUUAAUGUGGGGCUCUUGA